AGUCCCGCCGACCUGCGCGCGACCUAGCGACCCGCGGACCGACGAACCGCUUCGGUUCUCGCCUGCGCCAUGUCUGGCUCCUCCAGUGUCGCGGAUAUGAGGAAGGUGGUUCAGCAGCUCCGGCUGGAAGCCGGGCUGAACCGCGUGAAGGUUUCCCAAGCAGCUGCAGACUUAAAACAGUUCUGUCUGCAGAAUGCUCAGCAUGACCCUUUGCUGACUGGAGUGUCUUCAAGUACGAAUCCCUUCAGACCUCAGAAAGUCUGUUCCUUUUCGUAGUAAAACACAGCUUUGGAAGGUUUUCUGAUCCUACUUUUCAUGACCCAGUCAGUAUUCAAAAGGAGCUAAAUUGGAAGCCUCUAUAGCUUAUCCCUAUAACAAGUGCCAUACUAUGUAAACUUCUGUCAGUUCUUAACAUCUACCUCUCUGAAUUUUCAUGGAUUUUAUAUUUCACAAGGGUAAUUAUUUUAUAUAGACUGGUGGCAGACACAAUAAAAUACUUAGUAUAAAAAAAAAAAGAAUUAAAUAAACAACUACAUAGUGAAAGGUAUGAAUCACUCCAUAGAUUUCCCAAAAAGG